GGCCGCAGUGGUGCGGCCCAAGGCGGAAGCGACGCCGGCGCGGAACUCGCUCCGCCGCAGCCAUGGCUGCGGGUGUCCCCUGUGCUCUGGUCACCAGCUGCUCCGCCACCUUCACCGGGGACCGGCUGGUGCAACAUAUCCUCGGAACAGAAGAUGCUGGUGUGGAAGCAACUUGCGGUGACACGGUGCGGUUUUACCCCUGGACCAUUGAUAACAAGUACUAUUCAGCGGAGGUCAAUCUGUGCGUGGUGCCUAGCAGGUUCCUGGUCACUGCCGAGAUCGCCGGGUCGGUGCAGGCGCUCGUGGUUUACUUUGACAGCACACAGAAAUCGGGUCUUGACAGUGUCUCCUCAUGGCUUCCCCUGGCAGAAGCGUGGUUACCUGAGGUGAUGAUCCUGGUCUGUGAUAGAGUGUGUGAAGCUGGAAUAAACCGACAGAAGGCUCAAGAGUGGUGCAUCAAACACGGCUUCGAGCUGGUGGAGCUCAACCCCGAGGAGCUGCCUGAGGAGGACGAUGACUUCCCUGAAUCUACAGGCGUAAAGCGGAUUGUACAAGCAUUGAAUGCCAAUGUCUGGUCCAAUGUCGUGAUGAAGAAUGACAGGAGCCAGGGCUUCAACCUUCUCAACUCGCUGGCUGGAGCAAACCGCAGCAUUGCAUCAGCAGAGAGCUGUCCCUCUGAGCAGCAGGCCCCGUUGCCGGCAGCCGAGAGGCUGGAGUCCCUUCCCGGCCAUCGUGGUGGUGCAUGUGGCUCAGCAGGGGCACAGGCUGACAGCAUCGUGGAUCCCAUGUUAGACCUGGAUAUUCAAGAACUAGCAAGUCUCACCACUGGAGGAGGAGAUCUGGAGAACUUCGAGAGGCUCUUUUCAAAGUUGAAGGAAAUGAAAGACAAGGCUGCGACGCUUCCUCAUGAGCAAAGAAAGCUGCAUGCAGAAAAGGUGGCCAAAGCCUUCUGGAUGGCAAUAGGAGGAGACCGCGACGAGAUCGAAGGCCUUUCUUCGGAUGAAGAGCACUGAAUUCUUCCGCUAGCUGUGACUGGCGCUGACGCCAGCCCUGUGCACUCAAGUGCUUCCCUUCUCAACCAGGUUCUGCUAUGCCAAGAUACUGGCCACCUGACUGGUUUGGGGUCCCCUUAACUGGGCUUUUAGAAAGGAACGAGGGAGAAAUCUUUGCUGCUGGGGCAUCAGGGAAGGAGGAGUGAAAUGACAGUAUGGAGACAUCUUCAGAUCUACGUUCGUCGUUUUAAGAACCAGGGUAGAAUGAGUCUUAGAGGUCUGUGGUACAGGAGAACCAGGUGUCCUAGAGCACACUGUGAUCCCAGCACAUGGGGGGCUGAGGCCAACCUGGGCUCCAUAAGGAGGCCGGCUUCUGUGCUGAAUCACCAGCAUUCACACUGGCUGAAGGUCGAGAGUUGAUGCUGUUUCCGGUGUAUUUUCCCUGGUCCCCACUAAGAGCAAGGCUCUGACCUGAGAUGGAUGUUGUGGAGAAAGAAAGGAGGCAGCUGUAGCUCUAAUGUGUACCUGGUGAGUAGGGGACAGGUGGCUCAUGGGUUUGUCUCUAAGCAAGUCCUUAAGGACAUUUUAAGGUCACUGUCUGAGUUCCUGCCACAAAGAAGUAAAAGUCAGGUGUGUAUAAGAAACAGGCGUACGUUUCCUCCUCUGGGGAGGGUAAACCGCCCAUCUCCCCAGCUGCAGGGCAGGGGCCCUGAGUGCAGCCGUGUGCAGGCCCAAGGAGCUGCCACGCUGGCAGGAGUGCUCUUCUGACCAAGCACUUUCCCGGCCACUGGGGAGUUCCGAGCUGUGCCGUAGCACUUUCUGCCCUGAAAUCAGGACAAGUGCCCCUUCCUUCUGCCUGAAAUCAAGACAGGUGCCCCUUCCUUCGGCCUGAAAUCAAGACAGGUGCCCCUUCCUUCGGCCUGCAAUCAAGACAGGUGCCCCUUCCUUCGGCCUGCAAUCAAGACAGGUGCCCCUUCCUUCUGCUUGGAAGCCGGAGAAGCGGGGGAAAGCUGAGCCGUCGAACAACCAGGGCCCGAGCCACCACCACCGUGGUUUACUCCCAGGGCUGUUGGCCCCCUGCAUUCCUCCUGUGUUGUGUCUGAGUGCUCCCCAGGGGAGCACAAAGCAAAGCUUUAAAGGAAGAGAGGAGAGUCCAGCAAAUAAAGGUCCUUAUUCUAUCUUCAUAGGUGCGGCCAUGACAGAUGGUGCCCAUCAGGGGCUGAGAACUGGUCCUGACAAGGCUCACCUGCCCUGGGUACCACUUAUUAGGACCUGAAACAUGCUUGGCCAGGCCAGAACCACCACAGGGAGGAGACGCGUGCGCGCGCGCGCACACACAAACACACACUGAUCUUGCAAUCUUUGAGCUUGGGUUUACCACUCUCCCUUCAGUAGGACUGAUAUUUUGAAGUGAAUGCAUUAGCCAUGGUUAAGAAGGAAAAUUAGGGAAGUUGGCUCUGGGUUGCCAGGAAGGCAGACAUGUUUUUCUUUUUUUUUCUUUUUUUUUUUUUUUUUUGGUUUUUCGAGACAGGGUUUCUCUGUGUAGCUUUGCGCCUUUCCUGGAACUCACUUGGUAGCCCAGACUGGCCUCGAACUCACAGAGAUCCACCUACCUCUGCCUCCCGAGUGCUGGGAUUAAAGGCGUGCGCCACCACCGCCCGGCCAGACAUGUUUUUCUUAAAACAUGGAAGAGUUUAGAAAAUGGAGGCCACAUGAUUAAGGAAAAAUAGACUAGAAAAGGUUGUUUUUGAUUUUGCUGACUAAACAAAGCCAGGUAAUUAAAAGACGAUUUAUUUAUAAAGUC